UUGUGUAUGUCGUGUGCAUUGUGCAUGUAUCAUACAUUUUUCUUUAUUUAAAUUUUUCUCGAACAUAUAAUUGCGCAUUCGAUAAAAAUGUAAUGUUGUAUUUUGCCGUUUCGCAAAUGUAUCUUCCAAUUUUACAAAGUUUGAUGUCACGUUGAUUCCCACUGUAUUUAUGCACAGUGAAACUGCUUCGUUUUUUGUACAGAUUGUAAUCUUUUCAUUGAACUCGCUGGCGGGAAAGAUCUAACCUCGAAGUCAUUGAUAGAUAAAUUCUAAUACAUUUUUAAGAUCAAGAUGGCUGAGCGAUUAGAAGAUCUGAACCUGCCCAAUGCAGUUGUAACAAGAAUUAUCAAGGAAGCUUUACCUGAUGGAGUGACAGUUGGAAAAGAUGCUAGAACAGCAGUAGCAAAGGCUGCAUCUAUAUUUAUACUCUAUCUUACAUCAUCUGCUAAUAUAAUAGCCAAGAAAGGCAAUCGCAAAACCAUCAGUGGACAAGAUGUGAUUCAAGCGAUGGUGGAUAUUGAAUUUGAUCAAUUUGUUGAUCCGCUACAGGAAUCUCUAGAGAACUUUAGAAAAGUUCAAAAAGAGAAAAAAGAUGCAACAUCAAAAAAGAAGCAACAAAAGAGAGAUGAGGAUGAUAUGAAUGGUGAAGAUGAAGAAACAGGGAGGGAAAUUACAGUUUUCUAAGAAUUAGGUUUAUUAUAUUGUUUAUAAGUGUAACUAUAUUGUUAGUUUAAUUUAAUAGAGUAAUAAUAAUUUGAUAUUUAUAAAAAAAAUUAAAUUCUCAACAUAAUAUAAAAAUGAAUGCAUUAAAGCAAAUUUAAAAGAAAAUUAAUAUUUAUUUCAUUUAUUUGAUAAUUUUAUAUAUAUACAAUAUAUAUUUUUUAAUGAUACACGAUACAUAUUAAUGGCUUUAAGAUAAUCAUAAUAUAAUUAAUUUAGUAUAAGAUAUUGAUGCAAAUAGGAAGUUAAGUUAUUUAUUUAAAAACUUCAGAAAGAAACAGACGCACAAACGAAUUUUAUUAUAUUAUUUAACAGAAAUUUUUUUUUUAAGACCAAAACAAUAUGUGACAAUAUUAAUAUUGGCAUUAAAAAGUGAAUUCAAAUUACAUUGAUUUAAAACAAUUCCUACAUAGAAGUAAUCACAUUUAUAUAGAAAUUUUGUCGUAAAAAUUAUUUAUUAUAAAAAGCUUAUUAUAUACUCUAAUUUUUCACUUCUUUUUUUGCACUCUAUCAUUAACAAAUCUUAUAUUAUCCUCACUUUCUCUCUCUCUUUCAAAUAUAUUUCUAACUUUUUAUAUGUUCUAUAGUCUACAAGGAUAUGUUCGCGAUUUAUAUGUAGUAAUUAUGUGUAAAAUAUGUCAGAUAUUAUAUGAAUGCAAAAUAUGUCUAAUCUGCAGUUUCAGAUAGUUUAAAUUCUUAAUUUUUUUCUCUGUAUUUUCAAUUUUUUUUAAAAACACUAAAUUUCUUUUUUUUAAAUACAUUUUUAAAAUAUUAAAUAAUUUUUUUAAAGAAAAAAAAAGAAAUCCAAUAAUUUUAUGAAGUCUAUAUAUAAUAUUGAUAUAUUUUCUAUAUAUGUAUACACAUACAAAGUAUUUCAUUUUAUUGACAGCUACAUAUUUUGUAAACUUGAAAUUUCGUUGCUGUUUCCAAUAAAAUGGAAUGCCCUGUAUAUAUGGAAUCGACGUUAAUAUGAGCAUUAUAUUACCAAAGGUAAAUAUAAUUGUGCGCAU